GUAAGAGACAGAAAUAGCUGUUUGUAGAAGAGGAACGUGGCAGCUGAAGAGAAAACAGGAGCAGAAAAAUAGUGAUAGUCUGGUUUCUUUGUAUUACAGUUGUCCCCCUCAAACUCCCGGCCCCCUUUCUCAUUCAUUAUUGUCAUAAUUGCCGGAGUCACCAAAUCACCAAUGACUUAUUAAAUGUUCCUAGACGUCUAAAGUUUGGAAAUUGACAUUGCUGUCAAAAUCAUAAAUAAACCAACAUUAAAAGAACAGCAAAAGUGAAGGAGAAUCACUGUUUAAACAAAAAGAUAUAUGGAAAUGGCCAGUGUGCUUUGUAACAGAUCUAGACUCGUGACGUACCUGCCAGGAUUGUAUUCUUUGGUUAGAAGGGUUGUAAUUCCAAAGGCUUUUUCCACAGCAGGAUCCUCUGGCUCAGAUGAGCCUUCUGUUGCUGCUACACCUCCCGAUUUAUGUCCAAGAACUGUGUGGCCAGAUGAAGUGAUGGGACCUUUUGGUCCUCAGGAUCAGAGGUUUCAGCUACCUGGUAAUAUAGGCUUUGACUGUCACGUCAAUGGUACAGCAUUUCAGCAGACAAGACAGGUUCAUAAAAAACUGCCUGACAUAUUAGCGGAGCCCAUGGCAGGGGAAAGGCAUGAAUUUGUGAUGGCUCAAUAUAUCAGUGAAUUCAAGAGCAAUGAUGCUGCCCAAAAACAACAUGAAGUUAAUAAUGCCAAGAAGUACUUUGAAACAGCAAAGGUAGAAUGUGCAGUACAGACAUGCCCAGAACUGUUACGCAGAGAUUUCGAGUCACUAUUUCCAGAUGUAGCUUGCAAUAAUAUGACAGUGUUAACAGUAACGCAGAAAACAAUAAAUGAUAUGACUGCAUGGAGUGAGGAGGUAGAAAAUGAGCGAGAAGUUCUGAUAGAAAAUUUUAUCAAUGGUGCCAAGGAAAUCUGCUGUGCUUUAAGUGCUGAAGGUUAUUGGGUAGAUUUCAUUGACCCAACAUCAGGACUGCCAUUUUUUGGCCCUUACACAAACAACACCCUUUUUGAAACUGAUGAACGCUAUCGCCAUUUAGGAUUCUCUGUGGAAGACCUUGGCUGCUGUAAAGUAAUUCGUCAUAAUCUCUGGGGGACACAUGUGGUGGUAGGAAGCAUUUUCACCAAUGCUCCAGCUGAUAGCCCUAUAAUGAAGAAACUGUGUGGCAAUUGAGUGCAUGUUCUUCUUACCUGAGUUGGUUAAUAAAAAAUGUUGAGAUGUAUCAGGUGCUAAGUUACACUGAUUUAUUGAUGACAAAAUAUAUUUUAUUUAUUUUAGGCAGGAUAUACAAAGGUAGUGUGUAUAUAUGAUUAUGAGGUAAUACACUGUUUUAUUGUAUAUACAAACUAUGUAAUAGUUAAAACUAAUUCUCACUAUCUCAGAUAGUAAAUAAAAUGAACACCCACAUCUUACAUUGGAAUACAAAUAUUUUACAUUUUAAUAAUUCCAUCAGUGUUUUUUCCCUGAUGAAGAAUAAUUUAAUUUGCAAAGGAGUUUAUAAAUUUCAACUACAGCCAUUUGAUAAAGAUGACAAAUGUGUUGCAAAUUGAACAGUGUUGGGUAUUGAAUGAAAUUAUUUGUAGGUAGGGAUACAACUUGUACCACUGGCUCUCAUUAAAAAAAUGUAAUAUU